CUUAAGUCCAUCUCUAGUGUCGCUUACAUCUGAUGGCAGCGGUGACCACGAGCCUCACAACGCCGAUAGUCCGCCGACCGCUCUGCAGCGCUACGCUACCUGCCGUCUGUCGCCGAUCACGCUUCUGUUUCGGGGUUUUCUCGUCGGUAGAAAACAACUGCUCUCAAAAGACACAAGAAAUAGGAUAGAGAAUCUACAGGUACCAAUACCAGAACAGAUUCCAACACCGAUAACUGAUAAAGAAGAUAUAUAUAGAGAUCAAAGCCAGUCCUCUCAAGAUGCGCCUAUUACUGAAUUGUCACACACAGUAAAUUCAGCAAUAGAUUCAUUAGUUAAACGGUCACCUUCAUUAUCAUCAGUUGAUAAUAACAUAACAGAACAACUCGGAUCACCACCAUCAACAGAAUCAUCAGCACAAGAUGAGUUUAUGGAAACAUUGGAUGAUUGUUUGUCUUUUUUCCAAUUGGUGAGUGGAGAUAUUCCCCAGACACAAACACCUUCGCAGCUGCAGAAUCGGCCACCGUCACCCCGUCGGGUGCAGGUACAGACACCGGCUCCACAGCACCACCCAUCCUCAUAUCCAUCAUUAAAUAACCACCCGAGUGAUAGCCAAUAUACCCAACAACAGCAGGAGCAACAACAGCAAGAGCAGGAACAACAACAGCAACAACAGAAGCAGGAGGAACAGCAGCAGGAGCAACAACAGCAGCAGCAGGAGCAACGACAGCAGGAGCAACAACAGCAGCAGCAGGAGCAACAACAGCAGGAGCAGCAACAACAGAAGCAGGAACAACAGCAGGAGCAACAACAGCAGCAGCAGGAGCAACAACAGCAGGAGCAGCAACAACAACAGAAGCAGGAACAACAGCAGGAGCAACAACAGCAGCAGCAGGAGCAACAACAGCAAGAGCAGGAACAACAACAGCAACAACAACAGAAGCAGGAACAGCAGCAGGAGCAACAGCAGCAAGAGCAGGAACAACAACAACAGCAACAACAACAGAAGCAGGAACAGCAGCAGGAGCAACAACAACAGCAGCAACAACAACAGCAACAGAUUUUGAUAAUCAAUAUAUUACCAUCACAACAACCCUACCAACCACAACAGCAACAACUUACCUUAGCAUUGCAACAACAACAACAGCAACACAAGCAACAACCCUACCUACAACAACAACAGCAACAGGUUUUGAUAAUCAAUAUAUUAGCAUCACAACAACAUCCCUACCUACAACCCCAAGACAUCUCCAGAUCUUUGAUGAAUAAUGUACUUAACCAGUCCGACUCAUCGACAGUCAGUGAAGAUAAUGUACUUAACCAGUCCGACCCAUCACCUUUUCUUCAGCCAGCACUUAAUCGCCCCGGUUCGUCUGGGGGUCGAAACACUCACGUCCGUCUCUCUGUUAAACGGCCAUCCGACUCAGAGUCUCUCUCACCCUCCAAGAAAAAAUAAAUAAAUGAUGAUGGUGGUAGUGGUGAUGGUGGUGGUAGUGGAGAUGGUAGGGGUGGAAGUGGUGAUGGUGGUGGUAAUAAUGAUGAUGGUGAUGGGGAAUACUCGGUUGAAACAACUCGAGCUAGCCACGGAGCUGACAAUUAAAAGAUUAGAAAGAAAAUAACAAACGUAGAUAAAAAAAAAAGAUUAAAAAAAAGAGAGAGAGAGAGACACUACAUACUCAUCUGUAUAUAUAUAUAUUUAUAUAUAUAUUUUUUUUUUAGAGCAGUUGUUCCUUUGAUGCUUAUCAGUUUAGAAAUACAAGUAAAUUUAUAUUCUAUUGAUGUAGAUGUUAGCCUGUUAAAAUGUAUCAUUGCGCUCCUCAUUGCACCAUCAAAUAUUGGACAAUGGCAUAAACCUUCCUACAACUUGUACUUUAACAUGUCAUGGAUAUGUCUGGAGUUUAUGUCCGUCUUUUCUUCGAAAUGAGGAAAAUACGGUUGAUCCCAAAUACAUCCGCUAUAAAAUUAUGAGGAUGGUGUAUGGAUAAAUAUAUAUAAACGCAAUGAGAGUAAAUUAAGAACUAAUAUAGAAAAAAGCGAAAAAAAAGAUAAUGAACGUAGUACCAGUGACGAUUUUUUUAAGUAAUAGAAAUUGUAUUUUUAAAAAUCAUCUUUAUAAAAUAUCACACACAACACGGGCACAAACACCUUAUCUUGUACAAAGAGUGCCAGUAGCUGUUGAAGGAAACGACUGCAAUAUGCUAGAUGGUGGUGAUGAUGAAGAUGAGGAUGAUGACGAUGAUGAAGAUGAGGUUAUUAAUGACCACAGAAAGAUGAUAGGAGAAAAACAAAUGUGAUGACGAUGACGACAAUGACGACGAUGAUGAUAAGGACGAGAUGAUGAUGGUGAUAACGAAGAUGACGAUGAAUUAAGGACUUACAAUCGUGGCAUCCACAAAGGUUAUUAAUGAAUAUGGAAAUAUGAUUUCUUAUAAAAAUAUUGACAGACUUGUAUCCCCCUUACAUUGAAAAACUUGAAUCUGCCUUUCAAGUAUCUAUUAUUAGCUGUCACAUUUUAUGAAACCGUUUCUUCCUGAAGCCGCUGGUGACGAAGGGCGGUGGCGAACGGUUAUUCAUCCCACACAUCGAGCUCUGCAACUGCCUUUCGAUCAACAGCUAUACCAUUAUAUAAAGUGUGUGAUUAUAUAUACCCCCAAUGCUUAUUUAGUAAUUAUUUCAUAUAAAUAUGAUUUUUUUUUUUACGUGUUCUAUAACUGAUGAGAUAUAAAUUGAUAAUACAGUACACGCAUAUGUAUUUAUAUGUUUAGGAUUAUAUUUAGAUUGUAUACUAAUAUACGUAACAUAUAUAAAAAAUAGUUGAUAAGUAUGAUUACCUUACAUUGUAUAUCUAAAAUUCUAUAUUUACUUUACAUUAUAUAUUUUGAAUUCUAUAUGUUUACCUUACAUUAUGAACGGCAAAACACUCUUCCGUGUUGAUACUAUGGUAGAAAAACCCACAGCAGAAAUUAGAUUUAAUGAAAGUGAGACUACAGUUUCGAAAUCUACCUGGAUUCCAUCCUCAGGUAGAUUUCGAAACUGUUUUUGCAUUGUGGGUUUUUCUAUCUUACAUUGUAUGUAUAUGUAUAUGUAAUAUACAUUAUAUAUAUAUAAUGUAUAUUGAUAUAUGUAACACAUAUAUGUACUAUGGUUAAUAAGUAUAUUUACUAUAUAGUACAUGUUUAGAAUUAUAAGUAGAUUGUAUUUUAAUACAUAUACGGAUAUGUGCAUAUGUGAUAUGUAUGUUUUCAAUAGUAUAUGUAGAUAUUAUGUACAC